UUUUUGUCUGUCUGUUUGUUUUUGUUUUGCAGACGACAAAUCGUGUAUAUUUUAGUUUUUAUUUAAUUUAAUCGGUUUCCUUUCUGUAUAAAGUUGUAUAUCAAUAAACUUGAUAAGUUCUCGUGACGAAUCUGCGGAACGGUUUAGUAAGAUUGCGUCCAUCAACGUGGCGCCUCACACACACACACGCGCGCGCGCGCACAGGCUAAUAGCUGUGUGUGUGUGUGUGGUGGGUUUAAAACUACAGGGAGGAUCAAAGUGUGUGAGAAACGGAUUUAUCCAAGAACUCUCUGAAAAAAAUAGAAAGAGACUUUAGACAUCAGAACGGAUUUAAAUUCACUCUCUUUUUUUAAUCAGAUAAAUCUGUGUUUCUGCCUCUGUGCGCGUGCGUGGAUCAGUGUGACUCGGAGCGCUCGAGCGGUUUAUUUAUAACUUAAAUAAUCCGAGUGUUUAUUAGAAACACACAGCCCCUGUUCGGACAGCGUUAGUAGCCAUGCACGUAGCGUGUGUUGCGUGUGUCGUGUGUGUGCUGACGUGUGUGGUGGAGCUGAAACCCACGUUGAGAAAAGACAGAGUUCAUCAUGAAGCAGAGCUGAGCAACAAACCUCAUGAAGCUCAGCACGCGCACCAGCAGAGCAUACAGUUCGACCAUGAAGCUUUUCUGGGAAAAGAAGAAGCCAAGACCUUCGACCAGCUCAGUCCAGAGGAGAGCAGAGACAGGCUGAGUAAGAUUGUGCAUCGUAUUGAUGCCGAUGCUGAUGGGUUCAUCACCUUUGACGAGCUGAAGCUGUGGAUUAAACGUGUUCAAAAGCGCUAUGUUUAUGAGAACGUGGCUAAAAUCUGGCGCGACUACGACCUGAACAAAGAUGAGGCGAUUGGUUGGGAGGAGUACAAACAGGCCACAUACGGAUACUACCUCGCGAACCCAGAAGAGUUUGCAGAUUCCACCGAUCAGUUCAGCUUUAAGAAGAUGCUGCCCCGAGACGAGCGCAGGUUUAAAGCUGCCGAUCUGAACGGAGACGAGAAAGCAGAGAAGGACGAGUUCACCGCUUUCCUCCAUCCUGAGGAAUUCGAGCACAUGAGAGACAUUGUUGUCCUGGAGACGUUGGAGGACAUAGAUAAGAACGGAGACGGCUACGUGGACGAAGACGAAUACAUCGCGGACAUGUUUGCACACGAAGAUGGCGGGCCUGAACCAGACUGGGUGAAAACCGAGAGAGAUCAGUUUUCCGAUUUCCGAGAUCUGAAUAAAGAUGGAAAGAUGGACAUGGAGGAAAUCCGUCACUGGAUUCUGCCUCCGGAUUACGAUCACGCUCAGGCUGAGGCGCGACACCUUCUGUACGAGUCUGACACCGAUAAGGAUCAGAUGCUGACAAAAGAGGAGAUUCUACAGAACUGGAAUAUGUUUGUAGGAAGUCAAGCAACAAACUACGGAGAAGAUCUGACAAGGAACCACGACGAGCUCUGAACACAACACGAGCAAGCACAAUAAUUCAUCAUUUCUCCAUUCACACCAUUAAUAAUACUAUACUAUACUACACUAAACUACACACUGGCCCAUCGGUAAUCACUAAAACAUUCUGAGGAUGUGAAAUUCCAGCACUUUCUCCAGGAUCGUCUGACUGACUGACAGAUCUACCGAUUUGCAGAUCUCUAAUCUACCUCAGUGGCCUUCGUGGCUUUUUCUUCUGUUUGUGAGUGAAUUAGAGACUUUACCUGCAAGUUUGUUUCACAGAUUCAUUUUGUUUAGUUGGAUCUUUUUAAUGAUCUGAUGUAAAAUGUGUUUUGUAUCUUUACUGAUGAGGAAACACACACCUAGUGUUACACAGUCAAUUACAAACCCAGCAUCACGAUAGGAAUUUUUUGUUUCCUUUUUUAAUUAUAUAGUAUGUGUGUCAGGUUUCUGAGCAUUGAAUCUGAUCACAGUUUUAAAAACAUCUUCUUUUAACUUUGUACUUGUUUUACUGAUUCAUUUUAUGGACUUGUUUUGCCAGAGAAACCCGGUCCAGUUGCUGAAUAAUAAUUUGUGUCCCUGAGAUUUCUUUUUCAUAAAAAAAAAUAAAUCUUGACUAUUCUGCACAGCCUGUGUGUGUAAUCCAAAA